GGGCGAGAGCUCGAGCAGGGAAGAGGUGGCACGAAGAAUGCUUUUGGACUGUUGAAACGCACAAGCUUGGAUUAACCCUGAACAUUUUGAGCAGGUCUCUUAGGUCAGGAAGGUUUUCUCAUAAUGAAGUGCUCUCUUGGACUUUUUCUGUUGGUCUGUUGUGUGACUCUUAGCUUAGGCGUUAAGCAUUAUGGAAUCCGAUUCUCCUCUGCAGGCUCGUCUCUUCGAUGCUACAAGUGUGAGGAUUACACCGGGGCCCGAUGCACAGUGCAGCAAGUUUGUUCUUAUGAGGACGCAUGUUUAUAUCUUCAUGAGAAAGGUGGGAAGACCAUUCGCCGGUGCAUUCGUUACACUGACUGUGAUAACUCUCGUCUGUCCCAGCAGUUUCCGUCAAUAUCAGAAUAUACUUACAGGUGCUGCAACACUGACCUGUGUAACAGCGGACCAGCGACCGCGGCAAGCAUGUGGAUCUUAUCCCUGCUGGCGGUGCUCACCAGCCUCUGGUCCUGCUGCAUCACUGCAUGAUUUCUCACUAGUGUCCUCGAAGGCUAUUUCUUGCCAUACCCUUUAUGGAUAUCUAUAUAUUCACUAUGUACUAUUAUUUGUGAUUGUUUGGUUUUAACUAACCACUUAUAUAUCAAAAAGCACUGCUUGUUGUAAACUAUUUUUAUUCUAAUACCAUUGUUUUCUGACUUUUUCUUUUCAAUUUAAAAUUAUUUUAUUUUAUUUUGGCUGAUAUUUGAAAAGAAUGCAGCAAGAUGUUUGAUCUUUUCAUAAAUUACCUUUGUAUGUAGUAUAUUUACAUUAAUAAAUUAACUACCCUUUACCAUCUUAUAAGUCCAGUUUCAAACCACCUGCAAUGGUUCAAGUGUCCAUUCAGCACCGCGGACAGCUCCACUUCAACUAGCCAUUUAAAUGCAGCACCUAACAUCAAUAUAACACUAAAUGACUAAAAAGGAGGAAUAUAUUCAGUGAGUGGAUUUGAAACAGACGACUUUAAAAUCUCCACCAUCUGAACACAGAUGGAACAGCUUCAUUCGCUGUAAAGUCUGCCCAGCUGUUGACCCCUAAUCCUGUGACAUAACA